GAGAGGAGAGGCUGGAAACAUGUCAAUAGUUCAAUAUGUCAUCAUAAAUGUGUUAUUCUGCACUAAAGACAUGUUCUAGUUCUCUCUACUUCGAGUCAUGAUGGUUCUGGUUCAAGUCGUAAGUAUCAGAUCAGUACUCUGUAUCCAGGUACCGGAAUCAGUAUCGAGAAGGAAAAGAUCAGAACAUCUCUUUGUCAUGUCUUCGGUUUUGUCCGUCUGUUCUCAUGAAUGUCUCAGGAACGCUUUCAGGGAAUCUCUUCAUAUCUCUUCAAACAUCCACUUCGACUCGAGGAUGAACGGACUAGAAUGUGUCGGUCAAACGUCACUGUGACCAAACACAUUUUUGUCCAUAAUUUAAGAAUUAAUUUGCUGGUUAUGACACAAAUGUCUAAUAGGAUCAAAUGAAGACGUGAAGACAUUUGAUCUGCUUCUUCCCAGCACAGCUCUCAACUCAACACCUUUUAACGCUUAAAUCACACAAAGAAGAGUUUCACAUCACAGAAAGCUUUGCUGCUGUUUACGAGUCUUUACUAUCUUAUUGUGGUCUCUCUUAAUAUAUUCAUGAAUUAUUUACUUUUUAAAGAGAGCUGAAAGUUCGUUGUUGAAUGCAGAAUGCAUUGUUUUUAACUUGUACCGAUGACACUGACACACUUUCUCUGAGAAAUACUAAAUACUUCAAAGAUUUGGCUUUAAUAAUGUAUUCUUCAGAUACAAGCAAUCUCUAAAGAAUGUAUGUUGCAGGAAAUUAUUCUUUUUUUAAUAGAUGUCAUCAAAAUCAGGGAAAUCUAAUAGUCACAUUAGCUCGUUUAGACUCAGUGAAGCAGCUGAUUGACCUGCAGUCCGUCAUAGAAAAGCACAAACACACAUUACCCAAAUGUACUCAUACUUAAUACCUCAGCUGUGUACUUGUACUACGUGUCGGGCGCAGAGUUUCUCUUCCUGAUGAUGGUGAUGGUGAUGGUGAUGAUGAUGAUGAUGAUGAUGAUGAUGAUGAUAUACAUUUAAAAGCUGCUUUAAUGUUGAGGCUCAGUGAGGUGGAGGAGAGAAUAUUCUUCUAAUGUUUACUUUUUGCUCGAUUAACGUUGAAAACGUCUUUAAGAAUCACGAUGAAUGAAGCAGAGCCCGUUAAUGCUGAGAGGACAGAAAUCAUGUGUGGAGACAGAACAGAUUUCUGUAAAGUUAAACUCUCAGAAGAGUUAUGCAAUGAAGCUAAAUGUGGUGCUAAAGGUUUCAGCUGUUUACAGACAGCGUUCGUUCUCAGUCGUAGUGUUUGUGGGUCACAUGAUGGGAACUCUAACCCAGUUAACAUGGAUGCUCGUCAUAAAAUGUUAAAUUUUUCAAAUUUGCAUUAUCUCACUCACAGGAACUUACGUUUAUUGUACAUUUCUAUACCUUUUGGAUGAGUAAAAUCAAUAAAUAACAGAAAUGAAGACACUAGAAGAGGACCUGUGUGUUGUGAGUCUUUGGUUAUUUAAAUAAUGUGUUGUAUAGCAGCGACUAUGUUUGGGGUAAAUCUUAUUCCAUGUUAUUAUCUCUGAUUGUUUGUAUUGUUCUUGAUAACCACGAGUUAGGUUUUGGUGCCUUCGACGCUCUCAUUUAAGUCAAACUCACUCAAUAGUCUCCAGCUCUUCACAGACUGUGUUUAUGUUUAUUAUCUCUUCAGCUGAUAUAACGGAGCGUUUCUCUCCAUCACUGUGUUACUGAACAGCUUUUAAAUCAUUUCAGGAUCACCAAACCGCUGACGUUUGCCGACUGUGUUGGAGACGAGCUGCCUCUCGGGUGGGAGGAGGUUUAUGACCAGCAAGUGGGAGUUUACUACAUCGACCACAUCAACAAGACCACCCAGAUCGAGAACCCGCGAACUCAAUGGCGGCAGGAGCAGGAGCGCAUGCUGAAGGAGUACCUGGUGGUGGCCCAGGAGGCCCUCAAAGCCAAGAAGGAGAUGUACCUGGUGAAGCAGCAGCGUCUGGAGCUGGCUCAGCAGGAAAUGCUGCUCUUCCACGAGCUCUCCGAGGACAAUCGCUCCAUCACCAGCACGCUCUCCGGCUCGUCCUCAAACUCCAAAUACGACCCCGACCAAAUCAAAGUGGAGGUGGCUUGUAGACGAGAACGGCUCUCCAGACUGAAGCAGGAGCUGGCUCAGGUGAAGCAGGAGCUGCAGUACAAGGAAAUGGGAGUGGAGACCCUGCAGGAGUGAGUGUUUCUCUGCCUCCUCCCUCCUUUUCCUCCCUCCCUUUUCCUCCCCCCUUUUCCUCUCGUGACCACCACCCGUCUCCUUCCUACAACCCUGCUGCUCCCUUUUUCUGUUCCCUCUCACCCUCAGUGUCUCCUUGUGUUCAGACAGAAUAUUUAGCAGAUUUUCACAUUUAAAAUCAUCUUUCUUCAGCUUCACGUGUCUCACAAAUACAGUUUGAUGAGAUAUUUAUAGAUAUUUAUUAAUAUCAGUGGGAACUCUAAAGAGCCAGAUGCCCUUUGACCCAAAUAGAAAAGUAGAAUCAGGAGAUCUGCUUCUUCAGCUUCUGUUUCCCUUUUAGUUUGCGUCGGUAUUUAAACAAAUAAGCGUCUUUUGUGCUGAGCGGUUCCAAAUUUCAUGUUCGAAUUAAAAAGGCUCCGCCUCUAAAAGAGGAAGAAAAAUAGAGAAAAGGGCAAAUGGAGGGAGGGUUUCUUUUGAUGGAAAAGGGUGGACUCCACCUCAGGAAGAGGAUGCACCAGUGGAGAGCAGGGAGCCAAGGCUCGGCCUGGAGAGGAAGUCACUCCAUGGAGGAGGAGGAGGGGGGGAGGAGGAGGUGUGGGCUUCGAGAACAGUUUAAAAACACAGAGAUAUCUGGCAGAAAAUUCCUCUGCACUUCCUGAGUCCUGGCAAAGAGAAAGAGAGAGAGAGUCUCUUAUCUCUGAGAUAAUACACGACUCCAGUGAUUCUCAGAAUAGACGGGAGAAUACACAGCUUGCAGAAAACAUGGACGCAUCCUCCUCUUGAGUGUGCGUGUGUGUGUGUGUGUGCGUGUGUGUGUGCGUGUGUGUCCUAUUGUUUUCUUCUGGGCUGGUUUCAGGCCCUCCCUCCGGCUGUUGUUUUCCAGAUCUCAGCUGUUGUCAGCAAUAUAGCUAAUUGUUCUCCGCUCCAUGUCUCAUCAGAUAAAGCAAAAACUUGUGCCGCAGGAAUGCU